AUGGCUAAUUAUAAAGCUUCUAGAGAUGUUUCAGAAGAAUCUAGGAAUUCAGAGAUGAAAAGUGACGCCGGUAAUUUUCGUCAGGAAUGCAUAUUGUCUUCGUUUGAGGACAUAUCAGAUUUAUUGCGUUUUUUUCAAAAAUUUAGCUUUGAAAUCAGGAAAAUAGAACGGCGCACUCUGUCCAAAUUUGAACAUGAUCAAGCGUCUGGUAGAUUGUUCUUAAAUAAUGAAGAUAAAUUGAGAGCUCGUGUUGCUUUAGACUUUUUACAAUCGUUGAUGGACGUCAAAAGACAGAGCCAUGUUGGCAAGAGAGCUUCGAAAAGUUCUACAGAACACAAGAAAAAGGUCUAUAAUUAUCAGGAAAAGCUGGAAUCAAACAAAGAAAAACGGGAGAAAGCUCUCUUGGAAAGAUAUUUACAAGAGUUGGAUCCUGCAUUGGCUUUUCCAUACGAGGGAUCUCUUGUGAUUUCAUCUGAUGAACUUGAUGUUUACGAAAAUUUUGGAGGAGAACCAUUGGUACUUCUAAACCCAAUUCGUAUCAAAUUUCAUUGCCAUAUUGAUUAUUCUCCAAAAUUAUCUCUUAUACAUAUUCGUUGUCAAAACUCUUUAGAACUCAAAGAGGCAUUGCACCAUGUGAAGCUGUUUUAUUUUGAACAGGCCUCGUACCAUCGUUUGGAAAGGUCAUGUCUCAGUUUGCAUAUCCUCAAUUUGGAUAGUCGCUCGAAUUUUAAUAUAUUUUAUGAUCGGGAAUUCGUUCUUUCGAUGAAGUUUCUUCCUAAGCGUAUCCACUUACGAGCAAUUCCUUCUACUUCUUCUUCUGUUGCAAAUGAGGAAACGUUGGAAAAGAUUCGUAAUGGUAAUGUUCAAGCCAUGAAAAAUUACAUUUUAGCCUCUUUUUAUAAUGUUUAUUUGUUUAUCGGUGUUGUUUUCAUGCGAGUCAAAGUUGGUGUUCCAUUGUUUGAGAGGCUUAAAAUUGGUGAAAAUGAAACUAACACUAAUUCGAUACAAGACGCGUCUAGAAUCUUGCUGGAGAAACAAACUAAGUCCUCCUUUCUUAGGUAUUUAGCUCCUAAUUAUGUAUCCGAGAGGAUUCUUUCAUCCAUGGAGUCAAUCAAAGAUGAAAGCGGAAAGCAAGUAUUUGAAGCAUUCGGAACAAAUCCUCUUAAUGUCGUUCAUUUUACAUUAAAUGACAUUCAUAAUACUAAAAAGAACCUAACUGCAAUUUGGGAUAAACCAGUUGGACGACCUAACAGAUGGUACAUUGAUAGCAACACGAAGGAUACCCUGAGUAUCACACACUGUAAUUUGAACACCCUUUCUUGGAAUCUUUAUAUAAAAUAUGGGAAACAUACACAUGAUUCUCAGGCAUACAGCGAUUUUGCGUCUUCAAUAAUUAUGGAUAAUAAAAAUCGGAUUUACUUCUUAAACACUUCUGAGGUUUUUGUCGAAACUGUGAUUGUGAAGUUAAAACACAAGUUCUAUCACGUACCCUCUGGUUAUCAUCUUCAUUUGACUCGCUUUGAGGCCCAUGCAAUGGGUCAAAAUACAUUUAUAGAUUCCGAUACGCAACCCGGAAUUCAAGUAUAUCGAGUUGGUCAAGACACUUCCGUGCUUCGCUAUGGCCUGUCAUUCUGGGAUCCCAAUUGGGAUCGUAUUUUUGCAGAGAAUCAGCACAGAUUAUCUGGAAGCUCUCCUACCUAUAAGCCAUCCCUUCAAACAAUCUUUCCAGAAGGGAUUGAGGCGUUCAUCUCUCAUUCUCAAUCUAUUGUUUUACAAGUAGCCUCUCUCGCAAAUCAAUUCAACGGCAAUCAGAACAUUUUUGAGGCGGAUAAUUCCAUUAGCGACUCUAUGGUGUAG